AUGGCAGACCCCUCGCAAUUCUCACCUGGCUAUCUGGAAGAGGAUCGCAGCCGGCCAGCAUACAUUGGGAUCAUAUUCGCCACGUCGCUUUCCUUUGUUGUUGUUCUUGUGCGUCUGUAUUCUCGCAAGUUCCUGGUCCGAGAGCUAGGAUGGGAUGACUACUUCAUUUUGAUGGCGCAGCUGGUUUCCUGGGCGACUAUGAGCCUCUGUAUGAUGAUUCUGCACUAUGGCUCUGGUCGCCAUCUGGCGGCGCUGAUGCUCGAGUCUCCAGAGGAUCUUGUCCAUAUGUACAAAUGGCUCUUCACGACCCAGAUGGUCUAUAUGUUCAACCUGUGGCUCUGUCGUGUCUCGGGGCUGGCCUUUUAUGCACGCAUCAACCCCAUGCCGCAGUUUAUUCUCUACCUCAGACUUUCCUUUGCGUUUAUCACGUCGGUGUACGUUGCGCAGACGCUCAUCAUUGCCCUUCAGUGUAUCCCUCUCCAGGCGAUGUGGGAUCAGAGUGUAGACGGGAAAUGCAUGGGAUCGGGAAUCGUCUUCAUCUCAACGGGGGCUCUGACUAUCGCCUGCGACUCGCUGGUACUGCUUCUCCCUGUCAAAAUCGUUCUGACUCUGCAAGCACGCUUGACACGGAAGAUUGCAUUGCUAGGUAUCUUGUGUUUUGGAGUCUUUGCCGUCGUAACAUCCGUCCUCCGCAUGAUCUCCAUGAUCGUCUCCGUCGAAAACGAAUCCGACGCAACCUGGUACUUCUCCCCGGUCAUCGCCUGGACCUGCGCCGAGAUCAGCGCCGCCAUAAUCGCCCUCUCGCUGCCCGCCCUGCGCGCCAUAUUCGGCUUCCUGAAGGAGAAGCGCACAACCAGAGACCAGAGCUACUCGCACGGCUCUGAAUCAAUUGGUCUGGAGUCCUCGGGUCGCAGAACAGCAACAAACAAGGGUCGCAUCUUCCAUGGCUCCGGUGUCUUUGAGAAUAGGGCUGAGGUGGAUGUUGCGCGGAGUCCGAGCCAGGAGGUGCUCUGGGAUGGAAGACAUGAUCGGAAAAUCCGUGUUACGGAUACGGUGGAGGUGAAUGUGAGGGGGUAG